AUGUAUUGCUUAAAAUUUACUCAAAGCACUGUUAAAUUUACUAGAAGCAUUGAUGAAUUUUUAAAUAACAGAUUUAAUUAUCUACAAAAUUAUUUAAUUCUUUUAUCAAAAGAAUUUACAUUUAAUCUAAAUGGUAUUAUGAAUACAUCAUUCUCUUAUUACAAUAACAGGUAUAAGGUAAUUUAUUACAAUUUGAAAUUUUAUUUCGAAAUGAUUUUUAAAUAUAAAAAAGAAAUAGAAAUGACAAUCUUUAGAUCUGAAGAUUGUAAAGAUUUAAAAAAGAAAUUAGAAACAUUAAAAAAUUACAUUUCUGAGGAUAAAGGAAUUGUAAUAGAAGUUUAA